ACGCGCUCGAGCUGGGGAAGAUGGCGACUGUGUACAUCACCCUAAACUGAAUGGACGAAAAACAGCUUCGAGAUUCGCGAGAUUCCCCCCAUCUUCCCUUCAUCUCGUCCCGCUCCACAUCCACACACAUGCGCUUCCGUUAAAAUCGCCGCGAUCUGACCGUAGUGCGAGCGACUAGGAUGAUAAUAUGACCCAGAAAAAGAAGAAGCGGGUGAAUCGCAGUUUGUUGCUGGCGAAGAAAAUCAUCAUCAAGGAUGGAGGAGCGCCUCAAGGUUUCGGCGCACCCAGCGUUUAUCAUGCAGUUAUCGUCAUAUUCCUGGAGUUCUUCGCGUGGGGUUUGCUGACUGCACCUACUUUGGGAGCCCUCCACGAAACGUUUCCCAAACACACGUUUCUCAUGAACGGCUUGAUUCAGGGAGUGAAGGGUCUGCUGUCGUUUUUAAGCGCUCCUCUCAUUGGUGCUCUGUCGGAUGUUUGGGGAAGAAAGUCGUUUCUUCUUCUCACCGUGUUCUUCACCUGUGCUCCUAUUCCUCUUAUGAAGAUCAGCCCUUGGUGGUAUUUCGCCGUCAUAUCUGUAUCCGGAGUGUUCGCUGUUACCUUCUCGGUUAUUUUUGCCUACGUGGCUGACAUCACCCAAGAACAUGAACGCAGCAUGGCUUACGGCAUGGUUUCCGCCACGUUUGCGGCGAGUCUCGUGACAAGCCCGGCGAUCGGAGCGUAUCUCAGCCAGGUCUAUGGAGACAGUCUGGUUGUGGUUUUGGCUUCUGCUAUCGCCAUGCUGGACAUCUGCUUCAUCCUGGUGGCCGUGCCCGAAUCGCUCCCCGAGAAAAUGAGACCGGCAUCCUGGGGCGCUCCGAUCUCAUGGGAGCAAGCGGAUCCUUUCGCUUCUCUGAGGAAGGUGGGCCAGGACUCGACGGUUCUCCUCAUCUGUAUCACAGUGUUUCUGUCUUACCUGCCUGAGGCUGGACAGUAUUCGAGUUUCUUUCUGUAUCUGCAACAGAUUAUGGGAUUUUCCCCUGAGACUGUUGCAGCGUUUAUUGCUGUUCUCGGGCUGCUCUCUAUUGUCGCUCAGACUGUAGUGUUAAGUUUACUGAUGCGCUCUAUUGGGAACAAGAACACAAUAUUGCUGGGAUUGGGGUUCCAGAUUUUACAGCUCGCUUGGUAUGGGUUCGGAUCGGAGCCAUGGAUGAUGUGGGCAGCAGGAGCUGUGGCGGCCAUGUCCAGUAUCACUUUUCCUGCUGUGAGUGCCCUGAUCUCCCGCACGGCCGAUCCGGACCAGCAAGGCGUGGGUCAGGGUAUGGUCACGGGCAUCCGUGGACUGUGUAACGGUUUGGGUCCGGCCCUUUACGGAUUCAUCUUCUACAUUUUUCAUGUCGAGCUGGACCAGGUGCCAGAGAAAGAACAUGAUGUGCAGCACCAUCACGAUCAUCCCCAACAGAGCACAAUAAUCCCGGGACCGCCGUUCCUCUUCGGAGCGUGUUCUGUGCUGCUAGCGCUCCUGGUGGCGCUCUUCAUUCCUGAACACCCCCAUAUGGGCGCUCGUGCGGGAAGCUGGAAAAAGCACACGUCGCCCCACGGGCACCCGCAUAGCCCCCACCCGCCCGGGGAGGCCAAAGAGCCCCUCUUACAGGACACUAACGUGUGAUCGGCUGUUCAAUUACGGGUGCGAGGAAAGAGCUACGCAUGGAAGCUGUUGUAUAUUGAAUCGUAAAGCUAUAUCAGAAAUAUUAGAAGUCAGUCCUUGCUUGGAGAUCCAAGCAUUUCAUUGAAAUAUACCAAAAUAUUUCUUUCGGGAUGAAAGAUCUUGGAUUAGUAUCGUGAAUAGAGCACCACUUUUUAAAGAAAUGUGUAUAGGAGAACAUAUAUUUAAUGACGGUUCUGUCUAAAGGCACUAUUGCUAUGGCUUGUAUUUAUUCUUUUAUUUGGUUUUGCCUUUUCUUUGUUUUUUACCGUCCUUUCUGACUUGUCGUAGUUCUUCAUAACCAUUACUCACUCAGGGACAUUAACCUGGUCAGGAACGUCUCGGAAAACAGCGUGUUUCCCGAAUAGAAGGGUCGAGCGGCAUCGCAAAACGUGUAUUCACGUACAAGCAAAACUAAAUUUUGCGAAACUAAAGCAAAUUUAAUUUUUCUGCCUCAAAACAUUCGCCAGAUUUUGAGCAAAAUUUGUGCAAUUGUACAAAGACAAGCUACUGGAAAAGUUGUUUGUUAAUGUUGACAAAAAUUGUUUAUGGAACGUGUGGUUGAUGAUCACUGCCCAAUGAUCUUAAGCGAUAUGCUGUGAAGUUUGUUAGGAAACACAACUGGUGAUUGUACGGAUUUCCAGCGCUUCAUCAUGAACGGCCUUAACUUGAUGGUUCAGACUUUCAACGUCACAAUGGAAUGAUCGUGGUACAGCUUCAUAUCGGUUGUUGCUCAUAUAUUUAACUGUUGCUUGUUUUUUCAUACCACUUAAAAACAAUGGUGCCUUCCCAGCUUGCGACGCAUUGCUGAUGGGAAUUCGAAAAUGUAAGAGGAUCGGAAAAAAAAUUAAAUAUGUCACACGUCUUGUAAGACUCUUGCUACAUUCGUAGAUCAAGAAUGCAUUAUGUCUGGAUUAAGAUUUACGGUUAUCUUUUGAAAGCUAUUUUCGUUUACGUAAAUAAAACUUACAAAAUGCCAACCGACAGAAGUGCGUUUGUGGGAAAAUUUGCCAGUGGCCUUUCUGUAUUUCAUUUUGUUAAGACACAGAUGAACAGUUUGUUUUAAAGACGUUUGACCAAAUUGACAUUUUAUUGGAGAGUUCAUAUUAGUUGAGUGCUUUUUUUUGAGUUUCUGUAAUAUAUUUCACUUCUUCUCAAGAUGCAGCGUGCUUUUUUUUUUACGUUCUGUGGUUCUGAUGUGCUGUCUUCAUUCUAAAAUUUUAACAUAUGGUGGAUUGUUUUGACUUAACAAUGUAAAUAUGCCACGAACAUGCAUUUCAAUAAAAGUUGAAUAUUUUGAUGUA